CUUACUGGGCCAAAGUCCAGUCCAAUUAUGAAAGCCCCAACUCUACUUGUCCUUUCAAUCUUGCUGUAGCUGACCUUAAACAUGAUCAUCUCAGUUCUCUCCAUUCAAUUGUAAGUAGUUGUUUUCCUUAGCCCAGUUUCACAAGAUAUGCAAGACGGGAGCAUGCCAUCCUCUGAUGAAGUUUUAAACCCUAAGCUACGGAAAAAGAAAAUGUCAUCUCAUAAGGAAGAGAUUCAAAAAGUGGAGGAUCAUGUGCCAUUAAGAGCAGGGCAGAAGGUCUCCAAAAGAAACUUGAAGAAUGAAGUCUCUUCUUCAUUUCAACAACCAGAAAGAUCCAACUCUGAUUCAUUGCAGGACUCGUCUACAUCUGGAAAUGAGUACCGGGUAUUAAGAAGGAAAUAUUUACUGCUAGAAGAAGAAAGCUAUGCAUUGGGGAGAGAGUUGAAGGAUGUUGAAGUUGAAGUGAAGACUCUUGAUGAUGAGAAGCAUGCACUGUUGGACCAACUUGUUGUGUUAGAAGGUCUGAUUGAUCCUUUAGAAGUGCAGUCCCACCAGGGGCAUCAGUUUCCAUAGAUCCUAAUUUCUUUACCUAAUCAGAGCUUGUUAUGAUUGUAUAUUGUUGUGAUCACUGAUGUUGGAAGAUUUUCAAAUUAUUAGAAUAGGAAAGAGGAAAUAUGUGAGUGUUAACAUAUUCUUUUUUAUAAAAAUUAUUGUUUUUGUAUAAUGCAUGGUUCCUUUGAUCUAUUAGACGCGAAGCAAAAACUCCAGCUGAGUUUUUUAUGAAAUGCUUUCACAUAUAUGAAGAGCUCCUGGCGAUGUGUUAUAUGUAUUCAAGAUAGCUUAAACUCCUAUUUCUUAUUUUUCUUAUUAAAAGGUUUGCACGUUAGAACUA